AUGGAAAUCAGUUCAAUUCCUUUCUUAAACCAAGAAGAAUACUCGUAUUUCUACAGCUUCUUUCAAGAGCUCGACAACAAUAGCAACAUAGGUGAUAUUUCGAUCAACAAACGCCGGAAAAUUGAUGACCCCGCCGGCGAAAAUAACUCGUUAAAGGAAAUUCUCAACACCAUCUCGUUUCUCGACGAUCUGGACAUCCCCAAUUCGACUUUCGACCUCGAUUUUCAAAAACCCAGUUCGAAUUUCGCUUCAGAAACCACGGAGAGAGUCAGGAAAACACCGCCGCCGAAAUUCGACGGCGGAGCAUCGUCGUCGACGGUGACGGAGGAAAUGGUUUCCGGUCAGUUCCAUGGUGGCGGCGUCGGAGGACCGCAGCGGAGGUUGUGGGUGAAGGAGAGGUCGAAAGGGUGGUGGGAGUUUUACAACAGCGAUGAAUGCCCAGAUAUGGAGUUCAAAAAAGCAUUCCGAAUGAGUAAAGCAACAUUUAAUAUGAUUUGUGACGAACUAGACUCGGCUGUCACCAAAAAGGACACCAUGCUUCGUAUGGCAAUACCAGUUCGCCAGCGGGUCGCUGUCUGCUUGUACCGUUUGGCAACUGGCGACCCACUGCGAACUGUGUCAGACUUAUUUGGACUAGGCAUUUCAACAUGCCACAAGCUCGUCCUAGAAGUCUGUGCGGCCAUCCGCACUGUCCUAAUGCCUAAAUAUCUUCAAUGGCCCAAUGAGGCCCGCCUCGAACAGAUCAAAGCUGAAUUUGAGUCAAUCUCGGGCAUACCCAACAUAUCCGGAUCAAUCUACACCACCCACAUUUCAAUAAUCGCGCCAAAAGUUAGCCCAGCCGCCUACUUCAACAAAAAACACACCGAACGAAACCAAAAACCAUCGUACUCGACCACAGUCCAAGGUGUGGUCGACCCACAUGGCGUUUUCACUGAUAUCUGCAUCGGGUACCCUGGCUCGAUGCGUGACGACAAAAUCCUAGAAAAGUCAGCACUUUCCCAAAGAUUCAACAUGGGCCACUUGAAAGAUAUACAGGUAGUGGGUAGUACAAGCUACCCACUACUCGACUGGCUUUUGGUCCCGUAUACAAGCCAAAACCAAACAUGGAGUCAACACUCAUUCAAUGAAAAAAUUGGCGAGGUACAAAAAGUGGCUAAAGAUGCAUUUAUGAGGCUAAAAGGGAGAUGGACGUGUUUACAAAAAAGGACAGAAGUAAAGCUUCAAGAUUUGCCGGUUGUUUUGGGGGCAUGCUGUGUUUUACACAAUAUUUGUGAAAUGAAUAAUGAGACAAUGGAUGCGGAUUUGGGGUUUGAAUUGUUUGAUGAUGAGAUAGUUGCGGGGGAAAAUGCUAGGGGUAAGAUGGUAAAUGCAGUGCAAGUUAGAGAUAGUAUUGCACAUAAUCUAUUACAUCAUAGCCAUGGAGGAAGUGGUUUUAGAUGA